UGAAACUCAUUUUGGGAAGAUGGGAAGUUACUACAUUAAUCGGACCUUCUUCUUUGAUGUCCACCCCCCUUUGGGGAAGAUGCUGAUUGGACUUGCUGGCUACCUUAGUGGAUAUGAUGGUACAUUUCCUUUCCAAAAGCCAGGGGACAGAUAUGAGCAGCACAACUACGUGGGGAUGAGAGGGUUCUGUGCAUUCCUUGGCUCCUGCCUGGUUCCCUUCGCCUACCUCACAGUGUUGGAACUGUCAAAGUCACUGCCAGCAGCCUUACUCACAGCUUUCAUCCUUAUUUUUGAUACGGGCUGUAUUACUUUGUCCCAAUAUAUUCUGCUGGACCCCAUUCUGAUGUUCUUCCUCAUGGGAGCUGUUCUGAGUAUGGUGAAAUGUAACAGCUGUGCGGAUAGGCCAUUUUCUGCCUCCUGGUGGUUCUGGCUGAGUCUGACUGGUGUGAACCUUGCUGGAGCAAUGGGGGUAAAGUUUGUUGGCCUUUUUGUAGUCAUCUUGGUUGGCCUGAACACAAUCUAUGACCUAUGGGACUUGCUGGGGAACCUCAGCCUGUCACUGGUCGUGUUUGGGAAGCAUUUACUGGCUCGUGUACUCUGCCUCAUCCUGCUCCCGCUUGCCCUCUACAUGGCUAUGUUUGCUGUUCAUUUUGCAGUAUUAAAUAAAAGUGGUCCUGGGGAUGGUUUCUUCAGUUCAGCAUUUCAGUCCCAGCUGAUCGGGAACAAUCUUCAUAAUGUCUCCGUUCCAGAGCACUUGGCAUACGGGUCUGUGGUCACAAUAAAGAACCUUCGGAUGGCAGGGGGAUACCUUCACUCCCACUGGCACCUCUACCCGGAGGGCGUUGGGGCUCGCCAGCAGCAGGUCACUGCCUACUUACAUAAAGAUUUGAAUAACCUGUGGAUUAUAAAGAAACAUGAUUCGGAUACAGCAGAUCUGUCAGACCCCUCGAGCCCUGUGGAGUUUGUGAGGCACGGAGAUAUUAUUCGUCUGGAACAUAAAGAAACUUCUAGAAAUCUUCACAGUCACCAGCAUGAGGCUCCCCUGACAAGGAAGCAUUUCCAGGUCACUGGCUAUGGAAUAAAUGGAACAGGAGACUCCAAUGAUUUCUGGCGGAUUGAAGUGGUGGGCAGAAAGGCUGGGAAGCUCAUCAAAGUCCUACGGAGUCAGGUCCGGCUAACCCAUGUGUCCACAGGGUGUAUAUUGGGCUCUUCUGGAAAGACUCUGCCAAAAUGGGGCUGGGAACAAGUGGAAGUCACCUGCACACCAUACCUGAAGGAGACUCCCAAUUCCCUCUGGAACUUUGAAGAUCAUAUUAACCCUAAGUUGCCCAAUAUCAGCCUGGAUGUUUUGAAGCCCUCUUUUGCAGAAAUUCUUCUAGAAUCCCACAUGGUUAUGAUCCGGGGAAACAGUGGCCUCAAACCAAAGGACAAUGAAGUUACUUCCAAACCUUGGCACUGGCCCAUCAACUACCAGGGCCUGCGUUUUUCUGGUGUCAAUGAGACUGAUUACCGGGUUUAUUUGCUGGGAAACCCGGUGAUUUGGUGGCUAAAUCUGGUCACUAUUGGGUUAUAUCUUCUGAUGGCAGUUUCCACUGCAGUGACCCUGAAGAGAGGUGUCCAGCUGACAUCUGAACUCAAAGAACUGUCCAGAGUCGUGCUACGUGGUGGAGGGCAGAUCAUGCUGGGCUGGCUCCUUCAUUACCUCCCUUUUUUUAUGAUGGGCCGAGUUCUCUACUUUCACCACUACUUUCCUGCCAUGCUUUUUUCCAGCAUGUUGACAGGAAUCACCUGGGACACAUUGCUGUGGUUCUGUGCCGGGUUCUUGUCACCCAGCACUACAGCUAGAAAAGUAUAUGGAGGGGGGUUCCUGGCACUGGUUUUGCUCACCAUGUACAGCUUCUACCUCUUCCAUCCUCUGUCUUACGGGAUGAUAGGACCCAUGGCUUCUGACCCCAGCAGCCCCAUGGCAGGGCUCCGGUGGAUGGACUCCUGGGAGUUCUAGAGCCAGCAAAGGGAGCCUGGGAACAGCGGAUGAGAAGCAUGAGAUCUGCCGCA